CUUUUGCGACCACUUCUCGACUCAAUCAAUUGCCCGCCAUGAAGCUGCUUUACCCUACUUCGCUCAAGCUCGACGUCCCGAGCCUCGAGGGCUUCUCGGUCGAGCUCAAGCCCUACGACGUCAAGAAGCCCAUCCCUGAGGACCUCAUCGACGCAGAGGCCCUCGUCACCUGGACAAACAGCGCCGAGAACCUCAAGGAUGCGGCUGCGCGGAUGAAGAACCUCCGUUGGAUCCAGUCUCUCGCCGCAGGUCCCAACGACGUCCUCAGCGCCGGCUUCGACACUUCCAAGAUCACCGUCACCACCGGCUCGGGCCUGCACGACCGCACCGUCGCCGAGCACGCCCUCGGCCUCCUCCUCAACGCGGCGCGCCGGUUCUACGAGAUGCGCGAUUAUCAGCUCCAGGGCAAGUGGCCUGGCCACCUCGGCGGCCCACAGCCCGACCGACCUGCAGGAGCCUUUACCACACUGCGUGACGCUCGCGUGCUCAUCUGGGGAUUUGGCAACAUUGCAAAGACGCUCACCCCGCACCUCCUCGGUCUCGGGGCCGAGGUUCGGGGCAUCGCCCGCCGAAGGGGUGUCCGUGACGGCAUCGAGGUGUACGGCGAGGACAGCCUGGCGGAGCUCCUCCCCGAGACGGAUGCCCUGGUCAUGAUCCUCCCCGGGUCCGACUCCACCCGCCACGCGCUCAACGCCGAGCGCCUCAAGCUUCUGCCCAAGCACGCGUGGGUCGUCAACGUCGGACGAGGUACUUCAAUUGAUGAGGAUGCUCUGGUGGAUGCUCUUGAGAAGGGAGAGAUUGGAGGAGCUGCUCUUGAUGUUUUUGAGACGGAGCCUCUCCCCGAGCCGAGCAAGCUCUGGAAGGCGCCUAAUGUUAUUGUGUCGCCACACGCUGCCGGUGGAAGGCCACAGGGCUCCGAGGGCUUGAUUGCCGACAACCUGAGACGGCUCCGAGCUGGACAGGAGUUGAAGAACAUUAUUUAGAAUGCACAAUUAGAGCGACAAAAAAAUGA